CGCCCAACUUCCGCUCGACAGGUGAAGCCCGUGACGUCACCGACUCGGAAAGUGCGAGGAACUGCUUCAUGAAAACAAAAAUAAUUAGCCGUUUUGUUUAACUCUUAGAAACAAUCUUGCGUAAUAUACGGCAACGAUAUGUGUGGUUUCGAUAAGGAGAAGGGCCCGGGGCGUCUGAUGAAGAAGGGGUUUACUCUGAUCCUGGUGGGUCACAUUAACUUCAUUCUGGGAGCCAUCAUCCACGGCAGCAUCCUGCGCCACAUCUCUAAACCCAACGACCAGAUCACCACCGAGUUCACCGCCGCCAACAUCAUCUCCGUCACCUCUGGACUGCUGAGCAUUGCAACAGGAAUCAUUGCCAUAUUGGUGUCAAGAAAUCUGUCAGUUUGGAAGCUGCACAUAGGUCUUCUGAUUAGUUCCUUCCUGAAUGCCCUACUCUCUGCAGCCUGUGGCAUCGGGCUCCUAUUGGCUAUUAGCCUCACCAUUGCCAACGAGGGGAGGGGCCUCAUGUUGGGCUGCAACUUCACUGACUUGCCAAUCAACGCCCGCUCGCCAGUCAACGCAGACUGCCCCUUUGACACCACACGGAUUUAUGACACUGCCCUGUCUCUGUGGUUCCCAUGUGUACUUCUGGCUGGACUGGAAACAGGACUUUCUAUCUGGUGCUUCAUAGUGGGACUGGUACUGAGGGGUCUAGGACCCUGCUCUCACACAUACCUCAAAGAACAGCUGGAGGAGGAGGCUCUAACUAAUAGGGCAGAUCCAGAGUACUCACUCCAGGUCCGGAGCCUGAUUGGUCAACACUCUGCCUACGCAUAGAGGACUGCCACAGACUGGGAGUGUUUGAUGACGAAGGUGUGACUGAGCCUCUUCGUCUUCAGAGAACCUCCCUGGUGCCUUUACCUCCAUUCAUACCAAAGACUCUCCUCUCCCUCAACGUGAUAGGCUAGCUAGACUGCUGGAUGACAUUGUCUCUGUGUCUGCCUCAGAAUGUCUGUCCUCCCCUCGAUCCGCCAACAUUUCACAAAUGCAAAAUUACAAACGCCUGUAGUGUAGAGAUUAUUUAUGGAUCAAUAUCUUCGUUAUAGUAUUUUAAAUAAUUGCAUUUAAUCACAUUUGGCAUUUAUCAUGUUUCAUGCUUUUUUCAUUUUCUGCACAUGUUAUUUCCUCCUUUUAACAGCAGCACACUGUUAUAUACCUCGUUAAAUUUAACGACUAACUCUCAGCUAAGCCAAAGAUGUUUGUUUUAUGACUACUCUUGUAUUUAACUACCAAUCUCAGCCAAAGAUGUUUUAUUGUCAUGUGUGUUUUUGUAACCUGAUUAUGUCUACCUGCCUGAUCUACCAGGCCUCGAUGCACUCCAUAGUGUUUACUACUCUGUUAUUUCCUGGCUUGAAUGUAUACUGUGGGGAUAUGGGAAUAGAAUGCCUGAGAGGUGCUCUGAGGGUUCAUCUCAAAUUCCUAGAAACAAAUCUCCCACAUUGCAGUUUUCUCCCAAUUUCCUUUCUCCUGCAGGUGCAUAUAGAAGAAGGGGAACAGGGAGAGCUGAACCACUUUAGUGUACUGAGACGCACACUGAAACCCCAUGCAGCAGAGCAGCCCCUGGGGCCGGGGUGCUUGAGUGGUCAGGUAGACACCAGUAUGUAGGUCAUACAGGUGUAGCUGGGAUGGGCUCACAUUCCCCGACACCAGGCAGAAGUGAUCAGCUUAGUGCUGAAACGGUUCAUCUGGUGCUGGGUUAAAUCAAGCGGGUCGUAAUCUUUGCACACAACGCUAAUCCCCUGAUCUGAGGGGGGAAUCAAUAUUGAUAUAAGGAGGUGACUGACCCUGUCCCAACAAAGGUUGUUUUCUAUGCGUGGCCAGCUGAAUGUUGUUCCUCCAGGGCUGCCAUAUGUUGUACUGUAGUACUACUACUUUAGUGGGUGUCCACUAGCUUCCAUAGCCACAAAGUCAUAUUCCACAGUCACAAAGUUGUAAUUGGCUACAAAAACAACUUUUUGGUUUUAAUUUAAGGUUAGCAGUGUGGUUAAGUUCAGGGCUAAGGUUAGGUUUAAAAUGACAUUUUAAGACUUUAAUUGUAGAAAUGGGUGGGGUGUAUGACUUUGGUAACUAGUGUCGACCACUUUGGAGGGAUAAACUAGUGUAGGCUACUCAUUAGAAUGAGCUGGAUUUCACUGAGUUUAAACCCUGGUGGAUUGUCACUGGAAUGUGGCCCAAUAACAUUUUAUGUGUAAGGGUUGGGGUCUUACAUUUUUUAUUCAGGAAGUCAGUUGAACUUCCUGAAUUGAUCCUGGCCACGAUCUCAAUCUACAUUUCAUGCAUGGUGUGUUUUGGUUGCCUGCAGUAUUUUUUACAUGAAGUUGCAUGUGUUUAGUUGAUUUUAUAUUUAAGGACUGCACCGAUCAAUGUGUGCAACGUUUUUAUAUGGAAUCAUUUUCUUCAAAUAAAUGUUAACUCUUUGAUUUAUCA